CUUGGUGGAAAGUAAUGUAAACAUUGUGUUAACCGAGUGCUCGAGAGAAAAGCGGUUUAUAAGAAACUGACAUUCUGUACAACAGAAUUAGACUGAAUUUAGUUUUCAUUGCUUAUUAGACACUUCAAACAGGGGGUUGUUAUAUCUAUAUUAUAAUUAUUUUUGUCUUAAACCCCUUCAACAGCGCCGAAUAGACCUCAUUUCCUGAGAACAAUGUCUUCUGUCGAUAUCCAUUCCCAGUUAGCGUCCAUAAUAGAAAGGUUUGCUAAGGGUGCACUGGUAGAGAUGACCAAAAUCAUAGAUAAGGACUCGGCGCUUUUACGUGCGGAGAUAGCGCGGAGACAGAUGGAGGUCGAGGCGCUUUUGUGUAAACUGCAGUUCGCAGAGAGUGAGCUGAGAUCGGCGCGCCAGGCAGCAGCCAUCCGCCAGUCCGCUCCCAACCGCCGGUCGGUGGCUGUACAGGUGACAAUCACAGCUGCACGCCAAGACUGUAAGGAAAUGCGUACAGACAUACACAUGGAGACUUCUUCAGGGCGUUCUUCGAAAGCAAAGCAGGAGGACCGAGCAGAGUCCUUUCAUGUUAAAGAAGAGAGGACGGAGUUGAAAUCGUGGGACAAUGCAGACGAAACAGAAGAGACACGUGUUUGCUGGGAGGAGGAGCAACGCACAUCCAACACUUCAGGAGAAGGUCUUAAUGAAGCCAAACCCGGUGUUACUUGGGACUCGCCUGAUCUCGAGGACUUCACAAUGAGACCUGAGGCAUCACAAGACACUACUAAUACAAUUCUUGGGCAUCACAGCACAAAUGCAUCCCCAAACCCAAGAGAGGAAAACUCGGUUCACUAUCAAUAUCAGCAAACCACAGAAUGUGAUGCCGGUCAACACGGACUCAAUCGGUUCGCUCAUGCUAACGCUGUAGCGCUUCCUCCAGUCAGCGAGCAGAGAGGUGACGGGGUGGGGACGGGGGAGAAGAGUUCGCGCUGCGCUCAGUGCGGUAAAACCUUCACCACGCGCUUCUACUUGAAGAUCCAUCAGCGCAUCCAUACAGGCGAGAGGCCUUACACGUGCCUACAAUGCGGCAAGCGCUUCUACUGCAACUCGCACCUCAUUUCACAUCAGCGCUGCCACACGGGAGAGAAGCCCUACAGCUGCGAGGAGUGCGGCAAGUCGUACUCUCACUUAAACUCGCUGAAACUGCACCAGCGCAGCCACACCGAGGAAGAGGUCUGCAACUACUGGUGACUUUGAAAGCCAUAUAUUUGGCUUUCACUGACUGUACAACAUGGCACCAAGUUUAACACACACAAUAUGGUUAUUGUGAACAAUGUACAGUAUAAUCUUGGCUUCCGAGUUCCAUAUGAAAGCAAAUGGCCAAGAUUAUGAGGAAGAAAUUAGUACCUACGGAGUAAAAAAAGAAAAUAUUUUGAUAAUAUUUGUAACCCAGAUAAAUGUUUAGACAAGAAUCAGAUUUCAUACUGACAAAAAGCCUAGUCAUAUUUCAGUAAUGUGGAGAAAUGUCCACCUUACCUUCUACUUGCAUUAAAUUUAUUUGGUUAGCCAAGCCUUA